ACGAAUUCAGUCGCUACCAACAUUUGAAUUGUCAAUACCCAAACUCCCGUUGAAAAUUACAACGGAUUUACGGGGGCGGUGUUUAAAAGACAAGUCAGCUUGGAGCGGUGGUCAAUACUUGGACUGUGAUCAGCUUGGCGGCGGUUGGCAGUCUCGGACGGCGGCACAACGUCCGGGGAUCGGGGAAAGACUUUACAAUAUAAUUAUAACAUUUCUGUGUUCAUAUUCAGUUCUGUUGGCUCGUGAACGAAACAUUGCUCUCUUAUUGCGAACUUAUAGGGUUUAAUAGCCGAAUAUCCUGUGCUCGGAAACAUUGAAGAGGUGUGUAGGCCCUUCACUUACAACCAGAUCUUGCAGGCAGCAUGAUGCUUUUGGGCGUAGUCUGCUGCAUCUUGGCGGCGCAGAUUUCCUCAGUCAGUGGAAGUGCAGGAAAUGUGUGGACAUACAGAGGGUCGGAAGGUCCUGACAACUGGCACUUGGACUACCCGCACUGCGGCGGUGUGAAGCAGUCACCCAUCGACGUGCAGACAAAGGAUGUGGUGGUGGACCCCAACCACCUGGUACCCAUUGUUUUCUCCGGCUACGACAAUGUUGCCAACACUAACUACACGCUUGGGAACAACGGACACACAGUUCAAGUGGACCUGAAUGAUCAGAGUAUGAUGAUCAGCGAGGGCGGCCUGGAAGGCACGUACGUCGCCGCGCAAUUCCACUUUCAUUGGGGCGCCGACGAUACGCGCGGAUCCGAGCAUGCCAUCAACGGCCGCCACUAUCCAAUGGAGAUGCACAUCGUCCACUACAACCGGAAGUACGGGAACUUUACGGCCGCUUUGAAACCCGAGGACGGCCUCGCAGUGCUGGGCUUCUUUUUCGAGAUUGGAAGAUAUAACAAGCACUUUAACGAAAUAAUUAGCCACUUCAAUGACAUAAAAUACAGAGACCAGCACGUGCCGAUCGAAUCUAUCCCUCUGAUGGAGCUGAUCCCGGCGCGUCUGUCCAACUACUUCCGGUACAUAGGAUCUCUGACAACGCCUCCCUGCUACGAGAGCGUCACAUGGACGCUCUUCAACGAAACCAUAGAGAUCGCCGAAGAACAGCUGGAGAAAUUCCGGACGACGAUUUUCGAAAAUAUCGAGGACGAGGGCGGGGUAUCAAUGGACAUUUCAGACGACUUCCGGCCCGUACAGUGCCUCUACCGGCGUCGCGUGCACGCCAGCCACCAAUCACUCCGCUUCGUUAAAGACCUGGCCGCCCUGGAUGACGACCCUUCUGCCGCUAACGUCGUUACAAGCGUUGCAUCGAUUGUUCUAUUCAUUAUGGCGUUAACAAACAUUUGUCUGUAAGAAUAUAUGUAACGUUUCCAAGAAGAGAGUCAGAAAUUCGUUAACGUACAUGGUGAUAUUUCAAAAAGUAUCCAUCUCUGACAACUACACCGCAAUAAACAGAAUAAUUUGAUUAAUAGCAGACGUAAUUUACAAUAUUUAGUGUUUCGCAGGCGUAUAACAUUUUAGAUAUUGGAAAUAUGUUUAUUGUAUAUUUUUAUCUGCUCAUAAACAUUGAUUAACAAACAGUACAUGUAACUGUAUAUUCUAUAUACAUUUAAAUAUGACGUGUAAAUCGUAAAAAACAUAUUUGAAUUGAAAUUUUCCUUUCUUUUUUUCUUUUUUUUUUUACACGAAAAGCAAUUCAUCACUAACAGCCUACUGGAUACAGGUUAUUCGACGAUGAUAUAUGAAUAGCUUAUUUUGAAAUUAAACUGUAAAAAGUUUUUGCGGUGUUAAUCAUGGAAUGCUAAAAUAUCACGAGCUUGAUUAAAACUGACGUUGUUCAUCUUGUAUGUUUAUUCAGAAAUAGAAUGUUAAUCGUUAUAUGUAUGUAUCGUGAUAAAUUUAGUAUUAUAUAUGUGAUAAAUAUUGAGACAGUUGUGUAAGUACCAGACCCAAUACUUACAGAAUGAUAUAUGUUGAUGUUACCCCAGAUUUACUUAUAUGUACUUAGAAGUAUGUUCGCCAUUAUGUUGUGACAAGAAGCCAAACCUCUAAUUUUAAUUCUGGCACAGUCUAACCCCGUUCGCUCGAACUCACAGGGACAGGCGAAAAUACCUCGAGCCUCAGAAAGUUCGUGCCAAGCGGAUCAAUUACCUUCAGUAUAAAGAAAUUGGUCCUUUACAUCUAGUUCGAGCCAACAAGAAAUUCGAGCCAAGCGAGUUCAAGCCAACGGGUUUUGACUGUAUAUGCAAGAUUUAGUAUCAAACCUACCGAGAAUACAAAUUCCGGUCCCUAUCUGCCAAAUGCAUCCUCACUUGUAAUGUUUAUUAGAUUCACUGCAACUUGAUACACUGUGAGUUUUAUGCAAUGAAAAUGAUGUGUUGUUAAGUGACUGGGUUUUAUUGUAUGCCGGUAUCGAAUAUCAGUUUUAUUGACUUUACAGAAGCUAAGUUUACAGCUGAAUUACAUGAUUGAAUAUAAAAAAACAAAUACUUUGUUCUUCGCAUAAAUCAUCAACAUAACACAUACAACAUCAAUACAACAUCAGUACAAAAUCAAUACAAAAAAAUACUACCUCGAUACAAGAAUAAUAUUACAACAUUAAUAUCACAUCAUACAGCAUUAAAACAACAUCAAUACAGCAUCAAUACAACAUCACUACAUCAUCAAUACAACAUCAGUACAGCAUGAAUACAACAUCAAUACAACAUCAAAACAUCAUCCAUUCAGCAUGAAUACAACCAUAAUACAACAUCAAUACAACAUCAAUACAACAUCAAAUCAACAUCAGUACAACAUCAAUACAACACCAGUACAGCACCAAUACAACAUGCAUACAACAUCAAUACAACAUCAACACAACAUAAUUACAACAUCAAAACAUCAUCAAUAUAGUAAAAGAAUAACAUCAGCACAACAUCAAUCAAAUAUUAAUCCAACAUCAUUACAACAUCAAAACUACAUAAAUCCAAGAUAAUCAGAAAUUAUAACAAGAUCAAUACAACAUCAAUCCAACAUCAACAAACAUCAAUCCAGCAUCAUUACAACAUCAAUACAACAUCAAUCCAACAUAAUCAUUACAACAUCAAUCCAACAUGCAUACAACAUCAAUCCAACAUCAUCAAUCCAACAUAAAUCCAACACCAUGACAAUAUCAAUCCAACAUCAUUACAACAUUAAUCCAACAUCUUCAUUACAUCAAUUCAACAAUAUCACCCAACGUAAAUCCAACAUCAUUACAACAUCAUUACGGCAUCAUUACAGCAUCAAUUUAAUAGCAUUUGUCUAUCAUUAUCAGCUUUAUUCAUUUGUUUCGUAUAUGUUAAUGUAAUGUGAGUGUAAUUUGGAGUUUAUUUCUCAUUUGGAAUAAAUAUAAAUAAAGUUA